UUAAUACACACUGAAACUUUUCCAGAAGUGCGAGUUUCUAUUAGCUUCCAAUUGUGCGUGUGUGUGUGUGUGUGUGUGAGAGACAGAGGGGUAGAGAGAGAAAGGAGCUACAGAAAAUCGGAGACGAAUCAACGAACUAUGAUACGAGGAGUAAUUAUAAUGAACGAUCAAGGCAAGCCCCGCCUCAUCAAAUUCUACGAAUUUCAGCCUGUGGAGAAGCAGCACGAGUUGGUUCGGAGCAUAUACAGAAUUUUAUGUAGUAGAGCUGAGAAUGUCAGUAAUUUUGUCAAAGUGGAUUCUCUUUUCGGACCGGAUGUAAGGCUCGUGUACAAAACCUUUGCAACGUUGUACUUUGUGUUCGUAUUUGAUAACUCCGAAAAUGAGCUCGCGAUGCUGGAUCUCAUGCAAGUUUUUGUGGAGACAUUGGACAAGUGUUUCAGUAACGUAUGCGAGCUUGACGUAGUGUUUAAUUUUAGCAAGGUGCAUACAAUUUUAGAUGAGAUUAUAUUGGGUGGCCAAGUGCUCGAGACGAGUUCUUCAGAAGUCGUCAAGGCCGUUGAAGAAAUCUCAAAGAUGGAAAGGAACGCAAAUUCAAUUCUACCAGCCAGUUGGCAGGGUCGAUAGCAGCUGAAUAUUACUAAUUCCGUUCGAUUUCAACAAAUUUUAUGCUGAGUUAAACGCAUCCACUCCUUUUUUUUUCUCCCAUGUAUAACAUCGUCAUUUCACCAGACUCGGGGGCACAGAUAUUUGAGAUCAACCUUUCUAUGAAUUCGGAUUUAUUCGACAUAAACUGCGAACGUACCUGCAAAAUUCACAACACUAUACUAACAUUGUUAAGAUUUUUCGUCGAAUGAGACGAUUCUUGUCUGUAUUGUACUAAUCUUGACUCUUUCAUUUCUUUAAUUGGUGACUAAGAAGAUUAGUUACAUGAAUAGCUUUUGCAUUUGAAGUGUAGUGUACAUGUAAUUUAUGUUUUUAUCGCCAUAUACUCUCCGGCUUCUACAU